AUGUUAUCAAAAAGACUUGCGGCCGCGGCAACGCUGUUGGCAUCUAUCGCUUCAGCAAAGGUGGUAUCAACAGCCACUGCGCCCCAAGAUCUGGGCAGUGUGCUAGCCAGCAACAAAGAUCUAUCCACGUACUAUGAACUCAUUCAGAAAUAUCCUGAUGUUCUUCUUCAGCUUCCCAACUAUGCAGGCGUAACAAUCAUUGCACCCUCCAAUGAAGCCUUUAAAAACAUUCCCUACACUGCCCUCAACGGCGUGUGGAACGCAACUGACAAAGACACUACCGUGCCUCUCUUGCAAUAUCACAUCCUUCAAGGAACUGUCGCCACAAAUGCUCUCCAGACAGGUCCGACCUACGUGCGGCCAACCCUCCUGACCAGCACACGCUACACCAACGUGACAUCUGGACAGAAUGUCCUCAUCGCCAAGCAACCCGGCGACGACGUCGUCUUCACUACCAGCAUGGGCACUCGCUGCACCCUCACCGAGGGCGACAUCACGUUCCAGGGCGGUCUCAUCCAGGUGGUUGACAACUUGCUCGUGCCUCCCGCGCGUUUACAAAACACAUCCGAGGCCUUCAGCGUGCCUAAUUUCCUGGGCGCGCUCUACGCCGGCAAGCUCAUGCCCAAGGUCUCCUACGAGGAGAACAUCACAAUCUUUGCGCCCAUUGACAGCGCGUUUGCCACAAUUGGCGGUUCUCUCAAGCACCUGGACGCCAAGAGCAUUGCCCGAAUCAUGGGGUAUCACAUCGUCCCCAACCAGGUCCUCGUCUCCUCCGCUCUCACCAACGGCACUCGCCUCCAGACUCUCGCGGAGAACGCCGCCGGCAAUGCUCCCGAAUCGCUCGUCAUCCGUCAGGCCGGCAACAACAAAUACGUCAACUCGGCCCAGAUCGUCCAGCCCGACAUCCUCCUCGCCAACGGCAUCAUGCAUCUCAUCUCCGACGUGCUCAACCCCGAUGCCGAUGCCGCCGUGCCAAACCCCACGGCGCUUUCCCAGGCGCCCGUCUUUCCCGUCAGCUCGGCUCGUAACCCUUUUACGUCGGCGCUGCCUUGCACCGUGAGCUGCCCCGUCACAACAACUUCAGCGAGCAGCACUGCAGAGCCCACAACCACGAGCACCAGCAUAUUCACAACCAGGAGCAAGGAUGUAGCUGGAGCUUUUGCUACGGCGGAUAUGCGUGCUGCUGGAGUGGCAUUGGGUUUGCUUGGCGCUGGAAUGCUGUUUUAA